ACCGGCGCGUCCCUGCGCUCCCCGGCGGAAGGGGCCGCACCGCCGCCCGGCCCUUCCUGACCCUUCCCGUCCUUCCCUCCCGUCCCGUCCCUUCCCCCGGAGCGGCGGGGGUCACCCCGAUGGCGGCAGCGGCGGCGGCGCUGCUGCUGCGGCCGGCGGGCCGGGCCAUGCUGGGCCGUGCCGCGCCGCUGCUAUGCGCCGAGCGGGGCAUUAGCGAGGGCGGCGGGGCGUGCUGGGCGCCCGUGCGGCCCGGCCUCCCCGUGCCCCUCUCCUCGCCCCUGGCGGGGCUCACCCGGCCCAUCCUCAUCAAGGAGCCGCCGAAGCGCAAGCAGGUGGACCGCUGGACGGAGAAACGGGCCUUGUUCGGGGUCUACGACUACGUGGGGAUCCUGGGCGGCUUCCAGAUCCACCCGAAGAAUCUCAUCAAGGGGCCCACGUGGCUGCGAGGCUGGCGGGGGAACGAGCUGCAGAGGUGCAUCCGCAAGAAGCAGAUGGUGGGAGAUCGGAUGUUUAUAGAGGACCUUCACAAACUGAACAAGAGGAUCCGGUACUUGUACAGGCGCUUCAAUCGCACCGGGAAGCACCGCUAGGGUUCGGCAUGUGGAACGUGGGUUUGUGGCAUUGCAGUCAGAAUAAAGACAGCUUUCAUUCAGCUG